AUCACACUAUAAGCACUUCACUUCCUCGCUCGCAGCAGUCUCGACAGAUCGAUCAGCCAUGAAGAAGACCACCACCUCGGCCGCCUUCGCCGCCGCCCUCCUGCUCGCGAUGCUGGCGGCCGUCCAGCAGCUGGCGGCUGUGCCGGCGCAGGCCGACGACGUCGACGUCUCGUGCUCCGGCGUGAUCAACAACCUGUCUAUGUGCCUGGACUUCCUUCAGGGCGACGUGGGGCAGCCCAGGGCCCAGUGCUGCGUCGGCGUGAAGGCCAUCUACGAGCCCGUGGACACCACGGCCGCGAGGCAGGCGACGUGCGAGUGCCUCAAGUCGGCCUACAACAUGGUCAACGCCGAGCUCUACGCCGCACAGACGCUGCCCGGCUCCUGCGGGGUCCCGGUGUCCUACACCAUCACCCCGAACAUCGACUGCUCACAGAUUGAGUAAAAGAAGAAGCUUUACCAGAGUCCACAUGAGGAAUGGUGAUGAUAUUGUUUGUGUAUGGCUAUAUGAUGCAGUUACAAUGCGUCGUUGCAGUAAUAAAGGAUUUCUGGAAGCAACUAAUACUCGUUCAUAGUUUAAA